UCGGCAAUUCAGGAAGUAAACCGUCCGGUUCAGUCUGCGGAAUACAGAAAUAGGUCGGAGCAGUAAAUACGUGUCGAAUUCAACAUUUCAGCACGCUUUCCCGAAGACACCGUAACGUGUCUUUGCCACAGACUGUGUGCGUCCCUUCCUCUCCGCAGCAGAGCUGUCAGCUGAGUGCAGUGAAGCACACACACACACACACACACACACACACACACACACACUUUAGAUGAUGGUGGACUCCACGUUUGCUCAAGUGGGCAAGAAUCUGAGUGAAGCCAUGAGAAUCCUGGGGGACGGACAGAGAGAGCCGGAGGCAGGACCAGAGAAGUGGCGCUUCAGCAGAGCCAGCAUCCCUGGACCCCUGCAUGGAGAUGGUCAGGAUGUUGCUACUGUACUGCACCUAGUUCACAACCUCAUUCAUGAUGAGGAGGAGGAAGAAGACAAGCCAAGCCAACAUAGGAUGCAGAAUGUGGGGGAACAGGGUCACAUAGCCUUGCUGGGUCACAGCCUGGCAGCUUACAUCUCUGUGUUGGACAGAGAGCGACUGCGGAAGCUGACCACUCGGAUCCUGUCUGACACCACAUUGUGGCUCUGCAGACUGUUCAGCUAUGAGAACGGUUCAGCCUACUUCCACGAGGAUGACAGGGACGGCCUAGUCAAAGUGAGUAGGCUGGUCAUUAAUGCCCGUUAUGAAGAAUAUGCCUCAGAGGGCUAUGCAGUCCUCAGCUCCAAACAGCCAGUCAUCUACCAGAGUGCCUCUGGAAGGCCCGGCCUGGGCCAGCAUCUGUGCAGCCAGCUCGGCCUGCCUCUCUCGAGUCUGUGCACAGUCCCAUGCAAUACCAUCUUUGGAUCCCAGCAUCAAAUGGAUGUUGCCCUGUUGGACAAACUCAUCAAAGAGGACAUAGAAGCUGGGAAGCUUCCUCUGCUGUUGAUUGCUAACGCAGGUACCCCUGGGGCAGGACAUACAGACAAACUGGCUCGUCUGAAAGACCUGUGUGACCAGUACAGCAUGUGGCUCCAUGUGGAGGGGGUCAACCUGGCAACCCUGGCACUGAGUCAGGUCUCCUCUGCUAUCAUGACAGCCACCAGAAGUGACAGUAUGACUCUGACACCAGGUCAGUGGCUGGGACUGCCUGCUGUAACAGCUGUCACCCUCUACAGACAUGAAGACCCAGCAAUGUCUCUGGCAGCAGGUUUGACCUCCAGCCAGCCGGUGGCGAGGCUGCGAGCGCUGCCUCUCUGGCUCUCCCUGCAGUACCUCGGUCACAAUGGAAUUGUCCAAAAGAUCAGACAUGCCACUGCACUGAGCCAGCAACUCCUGCAGAAGCUCAAAGCUAUGGCCUCCAUAAAAACAUCGGGCGUGGUGUCGCCGAUCCCGCCCAUCUCCGGGGCUUCACUGCGAGACGUUCUGGGCUCUCUCAUGCUCUCUUUUGUGGAGGAUGAAGUCAGCUCUCCUGUUGUGCUGUUUAAGUUUUCCCAGGGAAUGAGUGCUGCAUCCAGUGGGGGUUCAGUGGAAGGUUACUGUGCUGAGGAGAAAGAGGUGCUUGAUGCCUUCAACAGAUGGCUGGGUGAACAGCUGGUUCAGUUGGUUCCCACCAGUGGGGUAGAUGUGGUGGAGCUUGAAGAUGAGGGUACAUGUGUUCGCUUCAGUCCCCUCCUGACCGCUGCAGUCCUGGGGACCCAGCAGGAGAACAUUGAGCACCUUGCGGGGAAGCUGUCAGAGCUGCUGCCUGUGAUGUGCACCACAAUGUGCCUCAGACAGGACUUCAGAGAAGAAACCCACCGACACUCACCCUCACUUACAUUCAUAGAGGAGCUCAGCUGGCCGGGCCUUGGUGCUGUCCGGUACGAGCCUCAGGCUGAAGGAAUGGAUGAGAGCAGGAGGAAGCAGGAACUGGAGAAUAUCAACACUGAGCUGCUGAAGAAACUUCAAGAGCUUGACACUGACAUCAUUUUUUCCACUGGCCCUGAGUUUGGGACAGAAGAACACUGUAUCUUUGUUGGCAUGGUCACCGAGGACGUUGAUGUUUCAGAGUUGGUGGAUACAGUAGCUGCCCUCGGGAGGGACAUAGAGGAGAGCGGAAGGCUACUGGAGAACAUGACAGAGGUGGUGAGGAAAGGCAUCCUGGAGGCAGAGCUGCAGCUUCAGAAGGCCAAUGAGGAGAAACUCAUGGAAGAGGGGAUGCUGAGACAGCUGCCUCUGGUUGGCUCAGUGUUAAACUGGUUCUCUCCAUUUGAAAGUUCCAUAAAGGGGAGGACCUUCAACUUGGCAGCAGGUUCCCUGGACUCCACAGAGGGGACUUACUCAACCAAGGCCCAGGCAGGCAGACCGUCCCAGCAAGAAACUCCCAUCUCCUCAUCAAAGAAACAUCCAGGUCAGAGAUUAUUCCGGCGCUCGGGGGCGGGCUCCGACUCCUUUAGUGAAACCAGCUCGAUCGGACAAGCUGAGGAGGCAACCAGGGAGGGGAGUAUCACUCCGAGCAGUUGCAUCCACCCACCCCCCUCUCCACCUGCACCUGAGGAGGACUCGCACACUGCAAGGGAUGUCGUAGCGGAGGAAAUCCAGGAAUCAUCUGUGCAGGUGCACACACAGGUGGAGGAAGAAGAGACCUCAGAGGAGAGGCAGCCUGAAGGCCAAGAGGUGGAGCAGAGCGGGAGAUAGGAUGUCCUCCAGUCGUUGUCUCAAGGGUACCAGCCUAACAGAUGUUAAAAAGAAAGGUGUUAUUAUAUUGUGAAUCUAACUCUUCCAGAUUUGAAGGGAAAAGAGAUGGAGCUUUUCCAGCUACUGAGUUAAUGACUUUGUGUCUUGUUGGAUUAGAGCAGCGGAGUAGCCACUGUAAAUAGUCUACACAGAUGUUAUAUAUCUAACCCAUGAAAUUACUAACUAUAAUUAUUUAUAAUAAAAUAAAUCUAUUUAAUUUUAAAAAGCAAUGCCUACUUCAAACACUCCCUUCAUGUUUGCACCGAAUGAAAUCUCAAACAAAGAAUUACGUCACAAUGUUAUGAAUAUAAAGUAGUAAUAUCAUGACAAAAAGUCACAGUACUACAAAAAUAAAUAUGUAAUUGUACAAUUAUGAAAUAAUUUAGUCAUAUUACAAAAAUGUACUUACAAGAUGAAGUUGGAAUUGUUUAAGUAAAAGUAAAUGAUUGCUAAAUCUGUAAUAAUUUCAGAUAAAGUUGUAAUUUUAAGAGAAAUAUGCUAUAAAAUGACAUGGUAUGUGAGAAAUGCAUAUUAUGAGAUAAAAUAUUACACGAUAAAGUGGCAAUUUACCAGGAAAGUGUCAUGAUAUUAUAAGAAUAAAGUCAUAUAUUUUGAAAAAGUUAUUACAUUUUGAGAACAGCAAAAUAUUUUAUUAUUGGAUUAGAUAUUUUACCACUGCCUGCCUGUACACCUUACACUUACUACGUUUCCUUAAAUACAUGAUGCCAGAAUAGCAUUAAUGUUUACUCAGUGCACUGCAUAUUUAGUCACACAGAUAUCAUGUAAUCAUAGUUUAUUUUCCUGUCCUUAAAUAUGUAAUUAGGUACUUAUUGGUGAAAUGUCUGAUCCUCCACAUUUCUUACUAUGACAUGUCGGUGGGCAGAUAGUUCUCUGUUUACUAGAGCGAGUAAUAAAAUAAUCAUAUCUCAUUACAUUGCAAAUAUUUUCCCCGACGAUAACGACUUUGUUCCUAUAAUAAAACUAAAACCUUUUCUAGUAAAUCUACAACUUUAUUUUCAUAAUGUUAUGACUUUUUUUCUCGAAAUAAUAUGGCUUUAUCUCAAAGUUCUGAAUUAUGGGUGGUCAUAAUACUCCAAUUUAUAAUAUAAACUCCAGGCACAGCUUUGUGAAGCUAAAUCAAAUUCCCUUUUAUAAUUGCACAUGCAGCUCUGUUCAGAGUAAUGUUUCAGAUUAUUAUGUAAAUGUAUUUCGUUUUUUGUCAAUUAUGCAACCUGAGCAAAACGUUGCAUUGCUUCACAGCUGUUUACUAUAGGAAUAUUUCUUUCUUUGCCUAAAACAUCCUGCCAGACCUGGGUCAAAGUACUUCCUGUCCAGGAUGACCAUUUAAACAUUUUCCAAGUGCCAUAUAAGAGGGCCAAAUGGAUGUUUAUGUUUGUUUAUUUGUUCUUUAGUUUGUUGGUUCUGCUGGGCUUGCAAACACUAACGUGUUGGCUGCUGAUAUGACCAACGUCGACAAACAUACCAAGUAAUGACACAGAAAACACUGCCCAACAUGACUUUGUACCUGCUCGUAGACAGGCUCUCUAAACUAAUAUCACACAGUCUGACAGUCAUUAGACCAUCUCACCCUGUGUGACAUGUAACAAACAAAAUGAAGUGUUCACACUUAAUAUGAAACUAACUUCUCUCCAGACUUCUGUCGUCUGAUAUUUAGUAUUUGAUGCAACUUUACACAAAAGGAUCGACAGCUUCUCUUCAGUGAGGGAUUAUCAUUGAUUUUAUGCCUUUUGGGAUUUAAUGGGAGUGAAUAAGCCUCGACGGGUUUGGCAGAAUGGUUUAGAAUUUGCUCUCAUGGAGGUGGCUCAAUCUGAAAACUUAAUAUUAAAACAACGAAAAUGUUUAAGAAUGAAACCUUACGUACUAAUGGAACAUUUACUGUAAAGGGCUGUCAAAUGUGGAUUAAAGACAGUGGUUUGACGAGCAAGUAACACAGUGGGCAUCAAGGUUACAAAAUAAUCUAUUUCAGCGUUAUUGCACUUAUUCUGUAGAUAAUUUCUUUACUACUGUUCUUUAUUUAAUUUCUGACAUGGUGUAAAUGAAGCAGAAUGUUGUUGAUGAUUAUUUUUGUUAUGUGAAAUAUAAUGCAAAGCUAAAUCAAUAACUUCAUAACCUUACAGGAACAUUUUUGAUGAAGAACUUUUGAUUUGAUAUAGUGAAAUGUCCUGGACCGUCCUGUCACUGUCUGAAUGAUUGAUUGUAUUUGAUAAGCAGAAUCUUUUCUAGCAUUAGUUUACAGUACAGAAACACUUUGACUGUAAAUUCUGUCUCAACAGAAUAAAUUCAAAGUUUUCUAGUUUAAGUCGGUCAUUCAAUGCAACUGGCAAGUUUGUGGUUCAGUUAGUCAGUAUACAUUUAUGGACAAAAUCACAAUAUGGAAAAGUGCCGUCUGUAUAAAUUUUAAGACCUUGUAACAGAAUUGUACAAGUGAAGGUGAAGGGUUAAUGCUCCAGUAUAUCUGUAAUGUAGCUAGAAACGGACCUAAAUUAGUUUUGUAGGUAAACUGUAGAAAUUUAGACUGUCCUAAAACUAAGCACAAGUAGUUUGAGGCAGCAGUUGUUGUAAAAUUGAAACUGACAUGCUGGACUGAAAUUAAAUCUACAACCUGCUGUCAGAUGUUAUUUUGCAAACUGAGGCCUUGAUGAAUGCAACGUCAGAAGAUAAAACGGCAGUCACACCAAUACAAACUAGAAAGACACUUGGAGAGCGCAGACCUCCGCCAAGGCUGUUACAAAAAGUGAAAAAAUAUUUGUGGAUCUGCUCCAACAGAUAGUGAGUGCUUCCUUGGCCCAUGCUACACACUUCCACCAAGUUCAAUGAAAAUCGGGAAAGUAGUUUUUUCGGAAUCCUGUUGACAAACCCAACAGAAAACAUCACCUUUAAAAAAAGUUUUCAAAAAUAAUUAGCGAACAGUUUUACUUGUAAGUCCACUUGGACAAUUUACUUCUUGUUUGACGUCAGAGCCAAGACUUGUGACUUUGAAAAUUGUGACUUGUCCCACCUUUGCCAAUAUCAAUUCUGUACUGGAAGUAAUAAUUCAUUUUUCAUAUACACCACACACAAAAACAUACAUUGUCGGAGCCAGUAAUUGCAACACAUGUACAAUUUAAUGCAACAAAUCCUACCUUUGUGAAGCUCAGAGGUGUUGAUUCAACUCUACUCAUUUCUAGGACUGUAGUUAGUGGUGUGUGUGUAUGUGUGUUUUUAUUAUUGAAUUGUAUUACAUUGUAAGCUGUUCCUGUUAUUUUUUACACAUCUGUUUUGCACAGGAACUAAUUCCCAGAUUGCACUAUGUUGCUUUUAUUGAGUUUGCUUUUACCUUAAACAGAUGAGUAACUAACCAUUAUCAUAUAAAAAUUUAAAAUGAAUAAUAACAUCACUCUUCUGCUCAUCUAAAAGCAGAAUUGUUUUUGUCCUUUUGAAUUUGAAGUUUACGCCUUCAGGAGUUUCUUUUUAUGAAUUGGCAACUUCCUCAUGUUGAACUGGUAAUUUAAUACUUGGACUGCUUUAAUGCCUGCGGGCAUAUUCAAAACCACAUAAUAUUCUGAGAUGAUUCAUGUUAUGUAUACAAGAACAUGUGUUUCAGUUAAUUUCAUCUGACAUAUUUAUCACAGGGGACUUUUUGUAUGGGGGAAAAGGUGUAUAUCAUAUUUGUGUGGUCUGAGGACAUUAAACCAAUACACUGUUGUUGAUUUAUUUAGAUUUCCACAGUGUAGUUUGUAUGAUUACAAAGCUGUGAUACACCUCUUGUGCCCAAAGAUGAAAUGCAUUAAUGGAGCAAAUUAAAAAGGAAAUAAAAGGGAAUGACUUGAGAUAAUUAAUAGUGAUUGAGAUUGGUGUGUUGCAAAACCAAACAUAUUUUUAUUAAAUCAUGAACCCAGUAA